AUGUUUUCAUCUUUAUGUCACCAUGCCGUGGUGGUCUUCGCAUCGCUGCUGCUUUUGGUCAGCAGCCACCGUGUCAUCGGCUUGCGACGAGGCAUUGCCGAGAAGGAGACCCGAGGCAGCUUCUUGGAACCCGACCCUGCCCGUUGCGGAGAAGAGCUUCGAAUAUUCAAGAAGAAGAUACAGGACAUUUGCGAAGAGGACCAGCAGAAGGGUAAGACGGUUUCUGACGGAGGCUGCGAAGCGGAGGCGGAAGCCCUUGUCAGCGAUGGGGACUACGAGGUCUGGAGCCAGAGCUUGGUUCAGUGCGGUCCGGAGAAGACAAACCUCUUGCUUUGGAGUGGCUACCAAGAUGCGGAGCGUGAGGACGUGCUUCGGCCACUGCGAGAACAGGGCGGCUGUGUCCUGCACAGCCAGGAGGAUCCGGACACCCGGCUCGGCCAGCUCCUGAACGCUCCCGGGGUGAAUACCCUGAAGUCCUGCAGCUUUCCGAAGGUCAAGGCGUUUUGGGUUGGUGCAUCCCGGCAGUUCGCCAGCACCUGGGCGGCGAGGUCCCAACAAGUCGCCGUCGCGAUCGGCUAUCACAUUAAGCAAGGUCGGUCGUACAAGACGCUCUUUGACACUGUCUUCUACAGAAGCGAGCUGAAAGCAGCUGUUCGAGCCUUGAGGGGCACGCUGCAGGUGAGCAUCACCUUCACGCACCCCGCCAUGACAGCUGGCGACAUGCACGCAGCAACGUCCGUCAUCUACGAAAGGGCACGGCUGCUGUCCCCAAUGUCAGAGAAGUUUCAGGAAACCACCACAUGGCGCUGGGGUGCUUGUGCCAAAGAGACACUCGCAGUCUGCCACCCUCGGAAUCGCCUUGACCCUAACGAUGCCAGGUUUUUCUCUAACCUCGGGGUGAUGUACACAUUGGGUUUGGGGGUGGCCCGGGACUUUCAGAAGUCGCGGAAACUCCUUGAUCUCAGCAUGAAAAUGGGCUUCGCUAGAGCUCCCACCCUCCUUGGAUUGUUGUACCAGGGAGGGGAAGGGGGAGCGCGAGAUAUCCACAAGGCCAAAGAGCUGUAUGAGGUGGCCAUCAAAAGAGGCGAUGACCUUGCCUUCAGCAAGCUUGGAUACUUGUACGAGACUGGACAAGCUGUGGUCCAGGACUUCACCAGGGCCAAGGAAUUGUAUGAAAGGGGCAUCGAAAAGGGUAGCAUUGACGCCCGCUCUUGCCUUGGCCGCUUGUACCAGAACGGUCUGGGGGUGGCUCGCGACUUUCAGAAAGCACACGACCUCUUCGAGGUUGGCAUGGCAGACGGCGACGCUGAGGCCUUCGUGGGCCUUGGAAACAUGUGCGAGUACGGGCAAGGGAUGGCGACAGACUUCCAGAGGGAAAGGGGCAGCGCGGCCGCCCCCACUGCCCUCGGGAACCUGUACAGCCACGGCCUCGGGGUGGCCCUUGACUUUCAGAAGGCACGGGAUCUUUUUGAGCUGAGCCUGGAAAGGGGAUGGUCCGGAGCCCCCACCAGUCUUGGCCUCCUGUACCAGUUUGGGCAUGGCGUAGCACAAGAUAUCCGCAAGGCGAAAGAACUGUAUGAGCUGGGCAUCGAAAGAGGCGACAACUUUGCCCUCACCAGGCUUGGAUACUUGUACGAGACUGGACAAGCUGGUAGCACUGCAGCCUGCUAUGACCUUGGCCGCUUGUACUAUCACGGUCUGGGGGUGGCCCAGGACUUUCAGAAAGCACGGAAGUUGCUCGAGCUGGCCAUGCAAAAGGGCGACGCUGAAGCAUCCACCAGUCUUGGAACCUUGUACCAGUUCGGGCAAGGUGUCGCUCAAGAUUUCCACAGGGCCAAAGAACUCUAUGAGAUAGGCAUCGAAAGGGGAGAGGCUGCCGCCCCGGCUUUUCUCGGGAACAUGUACUACCGAGGCCUUGGGGUGGCCCGCGACUUUCAGAAGGCGCGGGAACUCUUUGAACUCAGCAAGCAAAGGGGAUGGCACAGAGCCUCUACCAGCCUAGGAGUCCUAUACGAGAAGGGGCAAGGUGUAGCACAGGAUUUCCAAAGGGCCAAAGAGCUCUAUGAGAAGAGCAUCAACAGUGGUGACAGCCUGGCCCCCGAACUUCUAGGACACAUGUACCGCGAUGGUGUCGGGGUGUACGAGAAUUGGGACAAGGCCAAGGAACUCUAUGAGAUGGGCAUCGAAAGGGGCAGCGCUGAAGCUGCGACAAGCCUUGGGUACCUUUACCAGCAGAUGGCUCACGCCAACAAGACGUCUACCGAGUACUCCCCCGACAUGCAAGAGCAUUAUCAAGGUAUAGCCUUACGCAAGGCCAAAGAGAUGUACGAGUUGGCCAUUGCAAGGGGUAGCACUUCUGCUUUGCGGUACCUGGCCCUUAUGUACAAGACCGAUCUGAAAUCCGAUAAGCUGGCAUGUCAGUGGAUGGCCAAGGCAAAAACGGCCGGGGACGGGCAGGCUGCCGGCAAAUUGGCCGAAUGGCAUUGCUGA